ACGUGUGGUCGGCGUCUUCAGGUCCAGCUUGUCAACAAGUGCAAAAUACUUUGUACAGCUACGACUCUGCUUCAUGAGAUGGACCACUCUCGCACACUCAGACUGGAUGUCGACAAACCCACCAACGUUGUAUAUGUGGUCGGAACCCAAGUCACUGUGGACUUGGACCGUACUGCUCCAAAUGGCUCUAAAUGCUUCACUGUGACGUGCACGCCCAACAUUAAUUUCAGCAUCCACCCUGCUUUUAACAUGGACACCAGCGCUCACAUCCCUCUCCAGGAACAUUCAUUUCUGCUUGUUAGCAUGACCCAAGCCAGCGAAACUGAAAACGACAGCAAGCUGUCUGUAACUUUCUACAGGGAGAACAAAAAGGAGCUGGGGAAAGCACUGAUGCAUUUGACAGCUUUUGAGAUCUCUCUAGAUGUGGAUGCUGACAGAGAUGGUGUUAUAGAGAAGAACAACCCGAACAAGGGGUCUUGGAAAUGGGGUCCCAGAGGACACGGCGCCGUCCUGCUGGUCAACUGUGACAGCGACAGUUCCCAUAAGAAGAAGCCCGACAGUGAGCAGGACUUUAUCUCCACAGUCAAAGACCUGAAGGACAUGUCUCCGAUGAUCCUGCGGACAAAAGGUCCUGCCAAGCUGCCAGCGGGCUACAAACUCAACAUGCACAUCACUCAGAGUGAAGCAGAGCAUGUCAGAGUCUUCAGAUCCAGAUCUGCUCAACUUGAGAACUACCCUUUGCCUCCAAAACUGCUCUACAAAUACUUUGUGAUGGAGUACCCGCUGGUGCUGAGCAGUGAGGUUCUGUGCCAGGAGGUGCCGUACCUCGGCGGAGAGGCAGAGAUGAAAUACUACGUGGAGGGACUCAGCUUCCUCGACAAAGACUUUGACGGCUUCGUCAGCAUCCAGCUCAGCCUGUUAGAACCCAUGUACUCGAAUCUUCCUGCAACUCCCAUUUUUGAAGACAAAGUUAUGUUCAAAGUGGCACCUUGGAUCAUGACACCCAACACCCUGAAGCCUGUACAGGUGUUUUGCUGCAGCACAUCUGACAAUCAAGGAUUUGUAAAAGCACUGAAAGCCCUGGUUGAAAAAAGUGGACAAGAGUUGAUUGUGUGUCCAGAGUACAUCAACAGAGGAGAUCGAUGGAUGCAAGAUGAAAUGGAGUUUGGCUACAUUGAGUCACCUCAUCAACAGUUUCCUGUUGUUCUGGAUUCCCCUCGAGACCGAGGACUCAAGGGCUUCCCGUACAUGCUACUGGGCCCUGACUUUGGCUAUGUGACAAGGAUUCCAAAAACAGAGGCAGUGAACAGUCUGGAUUCCUUUGGUAAUUUAGAGGUCAGUCCUCCUGUCACUGUGAAAGGGAAACACUACCCUCUGGGCAGAAUCAUCAUUGGAGUGUCCUUCCCUACGGAAUCUCACGGACGCAACAUGGCCAAAGUGGUUCAAAACUUCUUGUGGGCGCAGAAGGUUCAAGAUCCCAUUGCCUUGUUUUCUGACUGGCUUCUUGUUGGACAUGUGGAUGAGUUCAUGACCUUUGUUCCUGCACCUGACAGAAAGGGCUUCCGACUGGUGCUCGCCAGUCCAGAUGCAGCCUACAAGCUGUUCACAAAACUACAAAAGGAAGGACAUGGACAAGUCAAGCUAUUUGAGGGUCUGGGAGAAAGUGAAGAGAUUACAGUGGAUGAUUUACUGAGCAACCAAACCCUGGAGGCUGAAAACAUCUACGCCCAGAAAUGUAUUGACUGGAACAGGGAUGUCCUGAAGCAUGAGCUGGGUCUGGAAGAAGAGGACAUCGUCGACCUGCCAAUCCUCUUCAGGCUGGAGGACAAGGUCAGGGCGGUGGCCUACUACCCUGACAUGGUGAACAUGAUCGUGCUGGGUCAAAACCUUGGAGUGCCAAAGCCCUUCGGCCCCAAGGUGAACGGGCAGUGUGCGCUGGAGGCCGAGGUGUCGUCUCUGAUGGGGAAACUGGGUCUCAGCUGUACUUUCAUCGACGACUUCGCCACCUAUCACAAACUGCGAGGAGACGUGCACUGUGGCUCCAACGUCCUCAGAACACCGUUUGAGUUCAAAUGGUGGAACCUGGAGAUGUAAACUAAAUAAGAGCUGGAAAUGAUUUAGAAUGGUUCAGGCUGUUGUUUUAAAAUCAUCAGGGAUUUACCUCUGCUAAGUAG